AGAGGCGGGGAAGCGCGCAGGGGGCCGUCCCCACGUGGCGCUGACGCUGCCGUUCGGCACCGCCGGUCCGAUCCGGGGCUAUAAAGGGAGCCGAAGGCAACACUUGAGCAGCCGACUCCGGGCGAGGAUCGCGCGGGCUGGGCGGCCGAGAGGAGCCGCCCUUGUUCUCUCUUCCGGCUCGGCGGCGGGAGACCCCAGCGCAGCGCAGCGCCGCGGCGCGCCCGACCCGCCCAACUCUUGGCAAGCCCAACCUGGGAUCCGCUUGGCUGAGAGGGACGUGAUCUGCGCCCGCCCUGCGCGGAGUGCCUGGCGGAGAGGUCCCACCGCCGCCUGGCGGCCCUCCCUUCGCCAGGCGAAGGUAAGAGGAACUUUUGUCUCCCAUCCCAGCGCCUUCGGAUGGUCUCUUGAGAAGCAGACCCCCCCAUCCACCCCACACACACCCGUGCUGAAGUCGGGGGGAGAGAAGGAGGCGGGGGCUGCUGCGCCUCCGUGAUCUACCUCGAGAUGAUAUAGCAGGGCAGGGCAGAGUCGAUCCGCUCCCCGCUUGCCAGGCUCGGAGCCUUCCCUCUCUCAGUUCCGUCCUCGUCGCCACAAGCCAAAGGGGGCUAUGGAAGCUGAAGGCAGUCGUCGUCCUCGCUGGCUGGAUUAAGGCUCCCGCCGCCGCCGCCGCCGCCGCCCGGGAGUAGACCGGCUGGGCACUGAGCCCGUUGGCUCUUCUUCGCAGGUAGUGCUAGGACUACAGACGCCAACUCCCUCGCACAGAACUGGGGUGGAUGUUUAACCUGGAGAGCCCGUUCACUGAGAGGGGGGGAUUCUUCUCUUCCCUGGCACACCUGCGCUCUCGGCAGGAAGACGGCUACCUCCAGCACAUGGAUGGCAACGGGAGCCUCAACGGAAGUGAUGUUGGGCAUAAAGGGGGCCUUCCGUAUCCUUUGCACAUCUCCUUGGUCCUCAUUGCCCUGGCUACCCUGCUCAUGCUCUUCACCAUCUUUGGCAACGUCUUGGUUAUCAUUGCUGUCUUCACUAGCCGGGCCCUCAAGGCCCCUCAGAACCUCUUUCUGGUCUCCUUGGCCUCGGCCGACAUCUUGGUGGCCACCCUGGUUAUCCCUUUUUCUUUAGCCAAUGAGGUGAUGGGCUACUGGUACUUUGGGACAGUGUGGUGUGAGAUCUACCUGGCCUUGGAUGUGCUAUUUUGCACCUCUUCCAUCGUACAUCUCUGUGCCAUCAGCCUCGAUCGCUACUGGUCAAUUACCCAGGCCAUUGAAUACAAUCUCAAGCGCACCCCACGCCGCAUUAAAAGCAUCAUCUUCCUUGUCUGGGUCAUCUCGGCUGUUAUCUCUUUCCCACCACUCAUCUCCAUCAUGAAGCAGGGCGAACCAGACAAUUCAGUCCGUCAGAAAGUAGACUCAAAGCAAGAAGGCAAGCCCUGCAGCAUCAACACAGAACAAUGGUACAUCAUCUCUUCCAGCAUUGGCUCAUUUUUUGCUCCUUGCCUUAUCAUGAUCCUGGUUUAUGUCCGUAUUUACCAGAUUGCAAAGAGGAGGACACGCGUGCCUCCUUGCAGGAGAGGGGAGAAUACAGAGAGAAAGCAGACUGGAUUCGCAGAUAAGGAAGAUGUUCCUGCCAUGACCAGACUUAAUGGGGACAAAGGAACCAUGGCAGGAGGAAGUGAAGAAAGAGAAGAAGUCAAUGGCAUUGACAUGGAGGACACGUCCUCCUCAGACCAUAAUGAGAACCAUCAGCCCCGGAAGCAGGAGAAGGCACAGAGGGGAAAGGGUAAAACCAAACUAAGCCAGAUUAAGCCUGGGGACAACUUGCCUACAAGAGUGGAAGAGGAGAGAAAUGCCAAAGCUUCCAGGUGGAGGGGCAGGCAGAACCGAGAGAAACGCUUCACCUUUGUAUUGGCAGUAGUGAUCGGAGUGUUUGUGGUUUGCUGGUUCCCUUUCUUCUUUACCUACACCUUAACUGCUGUUUGCACGAGCUGCUAUGUGCCUGAUACCCUCUUCAAAUUCUUCUUCUGGUUUGGUUAUUGUAACAGCUCCCUGAACCCUGUCAUCUACACCAUCUUCAACCAUGACUUCAGGAGGGCCUUCAAAAAGAUUCUUUGCAGAGUAGACCGAAAACGGAUUGUGUGAGAAUCCAAGUUAAUUUGCAGAGGUGAUUUUUUUUCUCUCUUCCAGAGAGUCUCUUCACUGACUGGUUUUUGGAUGAGGUCUUAGCUGAUUUCUGAGCUCAGGCUCUUCAAAAACUUCAAGUGAAAUGAAGUAAUUAAAACAUUAGCACACAAGCCUCAGCCCAAGUGGAAUAUUUCUGCUCAGUUGAUGGAGUUGGAGACUUGACUGUAGGCAUCAUUUCUAUACACUUGUAAGUUUGACUUGUUACAAAACUGAAAUGAACUGACUGGGGUGGGGGAGGAAAGCCACAAAGAUUAAAGGAAUUCCUGUAUUUCGGAAGCACUUUCAUUCUGUUUUUUCCCCACUUUGGACAAAUGUAAUUAACCUUGAAGUCCUUGUAAAGCUACAGUAUUGCAUCUUUGGGGAUCUGUAUGUCUUUAAUUUUGCUAAGAGAAAUCGGCUUUGAAGCUUCUUUAAACAUUUCUUGAGAACCUAAAGUAUUGAUAAAAAAAUGAACAGACCACUGGAGCCAUCUCAUCACUGCUAAAAUAUGAUAGUAUUAAAAUACCAUGAUUUCCAGUGUACUGUUGGAUUUUGAGCUCAUAAAAAAACUGGUAGCAUACACUUCAAACAACCAGUGUUUUACUCUACUUCCUAUGUGUAGCUUGCUUUUAUUUCAGUUUUUUUGUGUUCUCUUUAUGCAGUAUUUGAUAAAUAGCUGUAUCUCUUACUUUUUCCAUCAAGAAAAACAAACAAAUAUUAAAAGUUUCACGAUCAGCACAGAAGCUGUCAAAAGGCUAAACUCAUUUUAACUUUUUUAUGUUUAAGAGCAAUCAGGUACUCAAAGGGUUAAGAUAAAUACCUCUCCUCCAUAUCUUGCAUUGAUGUAAGUUCAGUGCUUACUUAUUUCCACAACCUGUGGCUGUAAAUAGAUAAUGUGACAGGUAUGUUUUUCUGUUCACAGCAUUAUUAACACUGAUUUUUAGCAAUUUCAUUUAUGCUAUCUGUCUUGCUCAAGAAAACUUCCUUCAUGCAUGUGGGUACUUUGGUCUUUUAAAUAAUCCAUAGAAACAAUGUUUUUCAUUCUUCCAGAUUUGGUAUAUGAAUAUCUCAUUUGAUUUGUUUUAGAGUGAAUAUUACAUACAUUUAUAAAGGAGAAAGGAAAUUAAUGGUGUAAUUAUACUGUUUAUACUAUGUGAGAAUUCAUACAGGUAUUGGAAAAAUUUAAUAAUUCUGAGAAUUAUUUUCAUAAUUUCCCCCCAGAAAUAUCAGUUGCAGAUACUAAUUUGUCUAGAAGAGCGGUAUAUAAGAGCAGUUGUUAUUAUUAUUAUUAUAACUUGAUGUUCUUGUACCACAGGAUAAAAUCCUGUUAUUAAAGAGGAGGGGAGGAAUUCGGAACAUCUAACAUGUUUUCAUUUUAAUUAUAACUCAGAUUAUCCUUAUAUGGAUGAAUUGUCCCUUUUUUGGAAUGUCAGCAUUCCAGAAUAGCUGUUUUUUUGGGGAAUACCACACCUCUGCCGUACUCCAAAAGACCAAACAUCUUACCUCAAUGGUGCUUCUUAGGUUUGCAGUUGUAAUCGGGCCAGCCCUGUUUAACCUAGCAAAACAUGUGAUGCUAAUAGGGCAAGGGGGCGUAACUUUUUAGCAUCAGACAUGGUACUUGUAGAUGAUUUGAAAUUGUUUUAUAGCCGGAGAGCCUGAUAAAACUGUUUACAUAUAACUUUAUAAUACAGAAUUUUUAGAUUGCUUUUUUAAAAAGAAAAGAGCAAUCUUUUUGCAAUAUCUCAGUGAGAGAAAACUCUUCUGUAGAACUGCAUAUAUCUACAUUAAGAUUUGUAAUAUGAUUCUAAAAUGCAUUGUGCUAGCAUGCAAGUGUUUAUGGAAGGAGUGUAUUCUGACUGAUAAGCCAACCCAGUGCCACAAAAUGUGAUUCUCUGCCAUUAUAAUCAUGUUGUCAAUGUAUCACAGUUAGCUGUGCCAAGGCCAAUGCUUAGGAUCAGGGUUCCAGAUCAGUAUAAUUACCAAUCCCAAUCCCUUACGUUAGUUUUUAGAACCUUUAUUACUAUGAUUACUUCUAAAAGGCCAUUUUCCUUCAAGAUCACGGGGUGGCCUCCCAUUUUAUUCUUACAACUACCUGCUGAGGCAGGUUAAGCCAGACAGACAGUCACCCAGAUAACUUCAUGUGGUUAAUAAAAUUUCAAAUGAAAGUUCUCAUCCUAAGUCUGCAUGUUUUUUCCCAGUUGCUGUAAGUAUAUCUAGAAUUUCUCUAACAGGCAUUUGAAUGUUUACCAGUCGAAGAAAGGAAUUAGACACUGAGAAAUUUUGCUUUAACCUGAGGAAAACUGACUGUAUAACUGCUUUGUCCUAUGAUGUCUUGUGUUAUCAAAAAAUAGUAUUUCACUUGGAGCACAGUAUGUCACCAUAGCAUCUUAGUUCCUAAGUUUACGUAAGUGUUCCAGAGGGGAUUUGCCACUUUAGGGAUGGGAUACUACUUUGUAGUAUUUUUUUAGCUGGUAGGAGUUCAGCUCUUUCAUUUGAAUGCAGAAAAUUCAGUGCCUCAUCAUAACAUUUCAACAGGAGACAAGAUCGAAAACCACUUGCUCCAGUCUCUGAAUUCUAUGGAGAACUCCCCAAAUAUGGCAAAGAAAAUCUUCCUUGAGUUACCACAACAAUAAUGUAAUGUUCUAGAGGAAGAUAAAUGUACUUAAAGCCUCAUUAUCUGGCACAAUUGUGUUUGAAUUGUGUCCACAUACUUUCAUGAAGUGCUUUAGUUGGGGUAUGGCAGCUCCCAUUUGUACAUGAAGCUUCGAUCCUCACAAGAGCUUCUCUGUUACCUUCAGUGGAGGAAAGAAUGGGUUUAUAGUAGUCAAGACACUGGCCAUGUUCAACAGGACGGUGUAGCGCACUCAUGGGGCUAUUAAUAUGGGGACAAAAGCCUUGAAAGCAGUUAUCAGUUACAUGGCCCAUAUGUUGGAAUCCACGUGUUUGAGAAAGGCAGGUGGACUCUUUUUAGGACUGCAAUAUUAAGUGUAAUGUAUGCCAUUAUGAAACAAAAAGAAACUAUCUUAUGCUGGGAUUGUUUUCCUGUUUUCUUUUUAUUAUAACUUCACCUGAUACUCCAUAAUUACCAUGCCAUUUGCGCUUUUGAAGAGAUGAAUCAAUGGAAAAGGCCAUAAUGAGUUUUUAAAAAAUGAAAUAAAAUAAGUUUCUACCACAAAAUGUAUAUUAAAUUAUGUCAGUCAUCUGUAUCUGCAGUAGCUUGUGGUUUUUAGG